AGCUACCAGAAGAUGAAGCAGGCGAGAAAAUCCCUUCUCCUGGGUUACGCCUGGCUUGCUUUCUGCUCUUCUGGGCUCCUUCUGUACCUUCGCUAACUGUUAGAAAUCUGACAGGACGGAAUCAACAACUCUGCGUCGUCACUAUCAUUCAGCCGCAAGGGGGAAAAGGAAGGUGAUGCCGGGCAGUUCAUCUGAGAAUGCCGAGAUUGGUUGUGCCGUAAAGACCAAGGCCGCGAAAAUUGAAGCCGAUCUAAAGAGAACCGACGGGAAGCCUACACUGAUCAGGCUCCUGACGCCCUCCAAUUUCACUGCUCGAGAUUAUAAGCUGUGUCUAUCUAGAGCAUUCUGUGAGUGGCAUAUGCCAAGCGCGGACAAGCAGGUCACCUUAGAAGGGGAAGAUGGGAAGGGUUUCCUGGUCAAUUUUUACUGGCGUGAUAGCAGGAUCCGCGGAGGGUGGAGGGCUUUUGCCAGUUACCAUAGAUUAGUGGUUGGAGAUGCUCUGGUUCUUCGUCUUGUCAGUCCCUUGAUGUUCAAGGUUUACAUUGUGAGGGAAAAUGCCUCAAAGGAAGUGGGUGUCGAUCAUGGUCGUUUAAGGUCGCGAACUGUUAAUGGUGAGGAUGGAAGUUUAGGAGUAAAAUUGGAAGAAAACGAUGACAGAAAUGGGUUAAUGGAUGAUGAUAAUGAUAAUGAUAAUGUUGGGUCUGAGCCAGAUAAAGGGUUUCAAAGAGGAAGUGAUAGCAAGAACAGCAAGUUGCCAGGAUCCAUUGCAGAUGAUGAUUUCGACAGAGUGAAACGCUUUGAAGACUUUGAAAUCGUUGCAAAUGGUUCUGCCAUCGACGACGAAGACCAACUCCCGGAGCUUGUUAGGUUCAAGUACUACCAGUUGUGCCGCAGCCAGGGAUCGUUUCUGCACCAAGGCCUGCUCGAGGGGCUUAACGCCAAGGUCGUUGCUUGGAUGAUCGAUGAAGUUACGAGCAUUGCUUAUGCUAUCAGAGCACUGUCGAGCUCGAGCCAGAGUAAGGAUCUGGAGGUGUGGGAGAAGAAGUUGAAGGGCUUCGAGAAUCUGGGGAUGAAUGUGGGUUUCGUACUGGUUCGAUUGAGGAAGCUGGCGUGCCUUGCUGAUCAAGCAACAAACAGGCGCGCGAGGCUGGUGGAGGAGAGGGAGGCAGCGGAGGAGGAGCUGCGUGUUCUGGAGAAGCAGGUUGGGAAGGCGAAAGAAAGGGUGGAAGUACUGCGCGGGGAGACUGAGAGAUUGAAUGGUGGGAGUGGGAGUGGGAACCGAGCGCUUCAGUUACCAUUUUUUGCUGCUCCUCUCCUUCGUCGCUUCAUCUCCCCGCCGACUGCACACGACGAGGCGGAGCGGAAAAGACCGAAACCCUAUAGGCGGCCAGAAGACUCUUCUACAGAUCUUUGGUCCGGAGAAGAAAUUUCAACAAUGGUGGGAGCGAAGAAGAAGGUGAUGAGUUACGAAGAAGUCCGGCGGCAGAGGGUGGAAGAGAACAAGAAGAGGAUGGAAGACCUCAACCUGCUGAAGCUCGCUAAGCAUCUUCGUCCCCAACCCAAUCCCUCCUCCAAUCCUUCCCCUUCGUUUACGGAGAUCGCCGGCUUUAAUGGGAAGUCUUCCGUCGAGCAGGCGAAACCCAGAGCUCGCCGGCCGGCGGUGCUGGCUCCGGCGAGGAGGUCGUCACGAAUAGCGGACCAGCCCUCUGUUAGCUACAGGGAAGGACCAGUGGAGCCAUUAGGCGAAACAAGAAGGACCUUCAGCUACCAGAGAAGAGAUCUGCUGAAUCGUGUGUAUGCAUCUAGUGAGGUAAGGCAGUAUGCGAUUCAUAGAGCUGAAGAACUCCAAUCCACUUUGGAUCCUGAGCAUCCGAGCUUUGUGAAACCCAUGCUCCAGUCCCAUGUCACUGGAGGGUUUUGGCUGGGGCUGCCAUCCCUCUUCUGCAAGACGUACCUUCCGAAGGAGGACGAGAUGAUGACGUUGAUAGACGAGGGAGAGGAGCCAUCUCAGACCAAGUACCUUGCUGGGAAAACUGGUCUCAGUGGCGGUUGGAGAGGGUUCGCCAUUGAUCACGAGCUGGUCGAUGGAGACGCAUUGGUUUUCCAGCUGGUCAGCCCCACAGAGUUCAAGGUACAUAUCAUUAGGGCAAAUGAAGUGGGAGGCGAUUCUGAGAAGGAAAACCAAGAUGAGGAGGAAGAAGAAGAAGAUGAAGCCUUAGAGAAGGGAAAGCAGGCCAAGGCGAAAGCUGCAGAGAAGGAAAACAAGAACGAGGAAGACGAUGAUUUGGACAGCACUAGGAGGCGUUCUAAACGGAUCAGAACAGGUCGAAAGUAGUGUCCCAUUUGGAGCUGAAAAUGGGGAUUUUGUUUUGGGCGCUGGUAGCAGUAGGCAUUCCUUUUGUGCUGUGGAAAGGCUAGCUUUCCUAAGGUACGCCAGUGUCACUCUAACCAUCGGACCUGUAAUUGCUGAUUUUGUCAUCGGCAGAUAACUCUCGACAUGGAAUUUUCCAUUGGUCUUUCAGUGUGGCCGAUUGUAGGGAAGAAAUUUAUGGUUAUAAACGUAGGAUUUGUAGCUGAGGGUUUCUUCUGUCUUCAGUACUACUUCAGUUCCAAAGUUACAUAACAAUCAUCAUCCUGGAUCAAGCUAAUGGUUCAACGUCUACUUCGUCGUAGAUGAAUGUUCAUGCUUAAAGACUGCACAUAGUCCACAUUCCUUAUUUUUUC